GCCGCCGGACGGCGACUCGUCGCCCUUCGGCGUCACCAGGGUCGCCGGGAUCAUCUUCCUCAAGAACCCGGACAGGCUCGAUCCCAACACUACUGUCUACAACGUGACGGUGACGUGGGGGUCAGAGGGGCGAGCGACGGUGAGGGUUUACGUGUUGGAGGGCGCCUCCGAAGCCUGCCAGAACGGCUCGAGGCAGGGCAGGCCCUGCGCCACCAGGAAGUCGCUCGCCGAGUGCAACGCCUUCUGCGGCCUGGGCACCGGCGCCCGCAACUACACCGUCAACCACCUGCACGAGGGCAGGAACUCGACGGCGCGUCCCGAAAUGGCGCCGUUGGGCGGCUGUGCGUGGCGUGGCGCGGAGGCCAACUUCUCGACGGACCUGAUCGCACACUACGCCACCUGCACGCCGGACGUCCACCACUGCCCGGACGGCUUCUGCGACCCACUGGAGCAGAUCUCUGCCCUGUGUCCCCAGGAUUGUGUCAACCUGACGUUCGGCACGGGCAAGCUCGGCGAGGGGAGGCGCGGUCUGUACAGCUGCGUGGGCGUCGGCGUGUGCAACCGCGCCGCUUGCUGGUGCCACACCAGGGCCGGCCGCUACGAGCCGGGGACUUCGGGGGCGGCGGAGGCGGAGCGCAGCGCCGGCCAGCGCCAGGGGCAGGGCCAGGGCGCGCUCACCACCACGGCGGCGCCGUCCUCAGAGUCCCCGGUGGCGCUGGUGUCUGCGUCCGGCAGCCGCGCCAGCUGCGGCGCCGUCUGCGUGAUGGCCGUCGUGGCGGGCAGCGCCCUGCUGCUGUCCGCUGCCGUCGCCACCCUCUACUGGAGGUACAGGCUGUGCAGACGCGCCCAGUGCGAGCGGAAGCUGGCGGCGGCGGGCGCGGCGGCCGCCUCUGCCUCGGACUACGUGCAGCGCGCGCACUGCCUGCUGCCGCACGACGCCAGGCCGCCGGUGGACCCGCAGUGGGAGUUCCCGCGCUCUCGCCUGCUGCUGGAGAAGACGCUGGGGGAGGGAGAGUUCGGCCGCGUGCUGCGCGCCAGGGCCAUCGACAUCGCCGGCGUCACGGGUGCGACGACGGUGGCGGUGAAGACGCUGAAGGAGGGCGCGGGCGCCAGCGAGCAGCAGGCGCUGCUGUCGGAGUACGAGCUGCUGAAGGCGGUGUCGCACCCGCACGUGGUGCGCCUGCUGGGCGCCUGCACCUCGCCCGCCGGCCCGCUCUACCUCAUCAUCGAGUUCGCCGAGCACGGCUCUCUCAGGAACUACUUACGGAAGAUUCGACAUCUGGAACUGAGUUCCGCCCCUGUGAGCCGAAUCACCCCUCGGGACAUCUUAAACUUUGCCUGGCAGAUCGCUAAAGGCAUGGCUUACCUCAGCGACAUGAAGCUGGUUCAUCGUGAUUUGGCUGCACGUAACGUGCUGGUGGCCUCGGGCGGCGUCUGCAAGAUAUCGGAUUUUGGGCUCACCAGAGACGUCUACGAAGACGACGCCUACCUGAAGAAGAGCAAAGGGAGAGUGCCGGUGAAGUGGAUGGCGCCCGAGUCGCUGUCGGACCACGUGUACACGAGCAAGUCGGACGUGUGGGGGUUCGGCGUGCUGCUGUGGGAGCUGGUGACGCUGGGCGCCUCGCCCUACCCCGGCGUCGCGCUGCACAAGCUCUUCAGCCUGCUCAGGGCCGGCUACCGCAUGGAGCGCCCCGACAGCUGCUCGCCCGCACUGUACAAAGUGAUGAGGCGCUGCUGGCUGGAAGAGGCGUCCGAUCGUCCUUCAUUCAAGGAACUGACGUACACGUUUGAGAAGAUGCUGGAGGACUCAGUGGAAUACCUGAACCUGGAUGCCCUUGUAGUUCAAAACUACGCUUACUUCAACUCAACGACUCUCUCACAAGAUAAACUAAGUACAGAUGGCCUAGAGCACGGAACAAUGAUGACAGUACCACUGGAUGUGAUCAAAGACAUUAUGCCUCCCAGUGAUUCCUGGCAACAAACUGAAUUCCAUGAAGGCCUGUUGCCCAGUUUGACCGAAAAGCAGGAAGAGUCUUCACUUUUCAGUACUGUGGGGAACAGUUAUUUGAGUCCUGUACGAAUAGUCAAGAGUAAAGCGCGCUUGUCACCUUACAUGAACAUGGUUGGAAGAAGUGAAGCAGAAAAAUCAAAGUCAGAUGCUGGGAAGAGUGCCGUCUCCUACGCGGCUGUGAGUGAGGCUUCGAGCCCUUCCUCCUCUAAUACGACGACGUUGUAGAGGGAAAGAACACGAAGUAGGAGCUCUAGAAACGAUUCGGAUGACAUCAGUCAAAGUGUAAUACAAUCGUUUUAUGCCGUCAUAAGUAUUCUUUACAACCUUAUUCUUUUAAAGGCUGCGUCUAUUCCAUUUUAUUGCGUGUUAGUUGCUAUUCCUGAAUGUCUGUGUACCUGUGUGUGACCUAUUGGACAACAUACUGCCCUUACACGUGCGAAGAACAUUUUUUUAAAUAAAGUUUUACAUAUCAGAA